AAUGGUGUAGGAGAAUGGACACCUGAAUGUAUGAGAGAAAAGAAAUUUCCACGAGUUGUUAUCUGGGACGAGUCAGACUUAUUCCAUGAAGCACUUCCAGUUGCAAAAAAAUGUGAAUAUCUUGAAGCUGAAUGGAAGCCAUCAGAUCGUAUCUUAUUAGCACAUAUACUUUCCCGAAGAAUUGCUUCCUAUAAAUGCUUAGAACUUCAUCGAAAAAAAUAUCCCAAUGUACUGAUCCCGUUAAUUUAUAGGCCAAGAGAUAAACACAAACAGAAUUGCCUUGUCCAAAUUCCCGGCUCAUCUGAAAAGAAGGAGUUAGUAAAAAAUGAUAUAGAAUAUUUGCCCUUAAAUACACUCUCUGACAAGUUCUUAAAAGAUAUAUUAGUGGAUAAAAAAAUCAUAGAUUGGGAACUCGGAUACGCAAUGACCAUUCAUACUAGUCAAGGAAUGACUCUUAAGUUACCACAACGUAUUUGGGUCAUUGAUGAAAACCUAGCCUAG